AUGACCAUCCUUCAAAAUUGCAGCCUCCAAAAAGCCACUUUCUUCCUGACAGGCUUCCAAGGUCUGGAAGAUCUCCACGGCUGGAUCUCUAUUCCCUUCUGCUCCAUCUACUUGACAGUUAUUUGGGGGAACCUUACCAUCCUCCACGUCAUCCGUACUGAUGCCACCCUCCAUGAACCCAUGUACUAUUUCUUGGCCAUGCUUGCCCUCACAGACUUGGGCCUUUGCCUUUCCACACUGCCCACUGUACUGGGCAUCUUUUGGUUUGAUGCCAGAGAAAUUGGCAUCCCUGCCUGCUUUACACAGCUCUUCUUCAUCCAUACCUUGUCUCUAGUGGAAUCAUCAGUUCUGUUGUCCAUGUCCAUUGACCGCUAUGUGGCUAUCUGUAACCCACUACACUACUCCACCAUCCUGACACCUGCUCGUAUUGUCAAGAUGGGACUGAGUUCAGUGAUUAGAAGCGCCCUCCUCAUCCUCCCCUUGCCCUUCCUCCUUAAGCGCUUCCAGUACUGCCGCUCCCAUGUGCUGGCUCAUGCCUACUGUUUGCACCUAGAGAUCAUGAAGCUGGCCUGCUCUAGCAUCAUGGUGAAUCACAUCUAUGGGCUCUUCGUUGUGGCGUGCACUGUGGGCGUGGACUCCCUCCUCAUCUUCCUCUCGUACGCCCUUAUCCUCCGCACCGUGCUGAGCAUCGCCUCCCGCCAGGAGCGACUCCGAGCCCUCAACACCUGUGUCUCCCACAUCUGUGCUGUGCUGCUCUUCUACAUCCCCAUGAUUGGUUUGUCUCUCGUGCACCGCUUUGGUGAACAUCUGCCCCGUAUUGUACACCUCCUCAUGUCUAACGUAUAUCUGCUGGUACCACCCCUCAUGAACCCCAUUGUCUACAGCAUCAAGACCAAGCAAAUCCGUCUCCGAAUUAUUAAGAAAUUUGAGUUUCUAAAAUCCCUUUAG